UGCAGGUGAUCAGGUGGUGUCCAAUGUGCAGAUCCUCCAGCGUGGACUGAGAGUGGCUGAGGCAUGAUCCCGCCAGGAUUGAUCAUUUACCUGCUGGGAAAACAGCGCAGAACCUUGGAGCUCUAAUUAUCUCCUGCUCAGAGCAGCUCCGCGUCGCUCCGCUCCGCUCUGCCGUCAUGGAGAAGCAGUUGACCGGUACUCUGGCUCUGGCCGUGUUUGCUGCGGCUCUUGGAUCACUGCAGUAUGGCUACGGAUUAGGGGUCAUCAACGCCCCUCAAAAGGUCAUUCAGACAUACUACGCUCGUUCUCUCGGACUUGAUUUUGCGCCUCAGCACAAUGAAGAGACUAAUGUAACCACCAUGCCGCUUGAACCAGACUCCAUCCCUGCUGCUCUGACCAUGUACUGGUCCCUCUCGGUGGCCAUGUUUUCUGUUGGGGGCAUCAUCUCCUCCUUCAUGGUGGGCUUCGUUGCCGACUUCAGAGGAAGGAUUAAGGGCAUGUUGGUGUUGAACGUCCUGGCUGUGGUGGCCAGUCUGCUCAUGGGUCUGGCUAAAAUGGGCAGUCCUCACAUCAUGGUGAUCACCGGACGGGCAAUCAUGGGCUUCUACUGCGGCCUGUCGUCCGGGCUGGUUCCAAUGUACAUUGGCGAAAUCGCUCCGGUGAAGUACAGAGGGGCUCUGGGAGCGCUGCACCAGCUCGCCAUCGUCACAGGCAUUCUUAUCAGCCAGGUGCUUGGUCUGGACUUCCUGCUGGGCAAUGAGGACAUGUGGCACCUGCUGCUGGGUCUGUCUGGAGUGAUUGCGGUUCUGCAGAGUUUACUGCUGCCCCUCUGCCCAGAGAGCCCGCGGUACCUCUACAUCAAGCUGGGCAAGAAGGAGGAGGCCUGCAAAAGUCUGAAGCGGUUCAAAGGCGAGUACGACACCUCCAAAGACAUUGCGGAGAUGCAGGCAGAGAAGGAGGAGGCCCUGAAGGAGGCGAAGGUGUCCCUGCUGCGGCUGGCGCGCUCCUCUGUGUACCGCCAGCAGCUCUUCGUGGCUCUGAUGAUGCACCUGUCGCAGCAGUUCUCCGGGAUAAACGCGAUUUUUUAUUACUCCACGGCUAUUUUCCACAAAGCUGGUGUCGCCCAGCCGGUUUACGCCACCAUUGGAGUGGGGGCCGUAAACAUGGUCUUUACGCUGGUCUCGGUGAUUCUGGUGGACCGUGCAGGCAGACGGACGCUGAUGCUGAUUGGGCUGGGUGGGAUGUGUCUGUGUGCAGUAGGAAUGACGGUGGGACUUGUUUACCUGUCCACUUAUUCCUGGAUGAGUUAUGUGAGCAUGUCAGCUAUCUUCUUGUUCGUGGUCUUCUUUGAGAUCGGGCCUGGGCCAAUCCCAUGGUUCAUUGUGGCUGAGCUCUUUAGCCAGGGGCCUCGACCUGCGGCUAUCGCGCUAGCAGGCUUCUGCAACUGGACUAGCAACUUCGUCAUCGGCAUGUUCUUCCCUUACGUAGAGGCAUACUGCGAACAGUACGUCUUCAUAAUCUUCGUGAUGUUCCUCUUUGGAUUCACCCUGUUCACAUAUUUACGAGUGCCUGAGACCAAAGGGAAGACGUUCGAGGAGAUUGCGGCGCUUUUCCAGAAAAAAACAGCCCCGCGGCCCGUCGCGGAGGGCGAGAUGGAGCAGCUGAAAGGAGCCACGGAGGCCUGAGCCAGCUAGCAGUAAAUCAGAGACUGUUACUCCCCUCAGAACCUUCUCUUAAAGCCACAGUUCAGAGAAAAAUCACAUUUACACAGUUUCCCCCUCAUUGAUAAUGUAGUCGAUCAGACGAGAUGGGAUCCGUGGCUAAAGUUGCUUCUUUAGUUUUAGCGCGGGAGCUACAAGGCUAAUGUGGCUAACCAGGAACAGAGGCCUAUACUCUAGCAGUUAGCAUGGUGCUAACUGCAUGGCUUAAUCAUCACACACUCACCUCAAACUGUGGACAUUCUGCUAGACUGGUGCUUGAAAGGACUACUUCACUAAAAAUGAGAUUUUGUGCAUUUUAAUCCACAGGCUGGAGAAAUCCUUUGAGCAUUAUCCUGAGAUUAUGUACAUGUUGGGACGUAAACAGUGGAAAACCUCAUCAAUUCCGAAACAUUCCUCCUGUUCAGAGGGCUGAGCUCACUGUUUACAUCUAUGCAAGUUUAUUGGGGGAAUUACGGUUGCCAGUAUUUUGUAUUUAGGCACUUUGGCCCUUUUGUGUGUGAAUUCUGUUGUGUGUCGAUGCGUUUUUGUUUAUGGUUUGUGUGUAAAGUGUGUGUUUGUGUUUUCAAAAGAGAAAAAUGAAUAAUAUCUUGUGCUCAACCACAUAAACAUGACAGCUGUUAAUAAUUUGAAGUUUACUGACUGAAAUAAACGUUGACUGCAGAAGCCACCAGAA